UAAUUUCGCAUCGUGCCGGCGGUAGUCGUACAUCGUCGGAAGAAAUUGUUAGAAAAAUAUUUUCGUUUACAAGUUUAUUUAUUUGUUUUUUUUUUUUUUUUUGAGACGAAAGAGUAAAUAAUCAAAAAUUUAAGAAGAUAAAUAAAUAAAUAAAUACAAAAAAACUAUUAUGGCCUAUGAAACGUCAUACGACUCGGGCCUAAAACCGUUUAAUCAUGACAAAAACCGUGGGAAAUGGGCAUCGCCGAAGGAUUUUCUAUUUGCAUGUCUAGGUCAUACAUUUAAACCAGAUGCAGUUUUCAUUUAUCCAUGGGUUAUUUUAAGAGAUAAUGGAAUUUUUACAUUGAUUCCAUACUUUAUCACAUUAGGAGUGUGUGUUAUACCGAUCGUGUUUAUGCAAUCAUUUCUAGGCCAGUUUUCAAGCACUGGAUUCAUAUCAGUCUUUCGAAUUUCACCACUUUUUAAAGGUAUUGGAUAUAUUUCGCUUAUUAUCAAUUUAACAAGCCUUACAUACUAUGCUGUACUGGGAGCUAUUCCACUGUUUUAUUUUUUCCACACUCUUACACCAACAAUACCCUGGAGCUGUGAAGGCGCAAAAACUUGGAUGAAACUUGAAGAAAAUGCUUCUUCGAUCUGUGAAUUUUACAAUCAUAGUAACGUCAAAAAAUAUGAUUUAGAAAUACCAUCUGUAGAGUUUUUCAAUAAUGAAUUAGAUACAUUAACUAUGUACCAUAGUGAACAUCCUGAAGGAAGAUUUUCAUGGAUCUUAAUGAUAUGCAGUUUUCUUAUUUGGGCCAUGGUUGCCUUCGUUAUUAUUAAACCUGUUGAAAUGAUUGGAAAAUUCCUUCGUUACUCUUGCAUUACAGUCCUUGGAAUAAUGGGAUUAAUUUUACUUCGUUUUCUUUUUUUGCCUGGAGCAAUGAAGGGUUUAAUAUCCUUCUUAUUUCAUCCACUUAUGUAUAAUUUGGAACCUUUAGUUUAUGUACCUUUGGUGGCUUUUGCAGCCCUUGGACCUGGAUUUGGUUCUGUACUAACAAUGGCAAGUUAUAAUAAAUUCGAUACGAAUAUAUUUCGUUAUAGUUGGGUCUUGUGUGUGGCACAAGUUGGAGUUAUGUUGGGUUUGGCUUUUAUGUCACUCUUUAUUUACAGUUAUAUGAUAAAAGACGAUUACGAGAUUGAUUUCAAGUUUGUUCACACACAAUGGGUGGAGUUUUUGACCAUAGCAACUGGACUUACAGAUUUGGAAUUCCCACACAUUUGGUCACUGUUAUUUUUUGCAAUGAUUAUUCUUGGAUGUUUAAAUCUCUUGAUUGUUCAACUUUUAUCAGUUUUGACUUCUCUGUUCGAUGAAUUUGAAAUGCUUCGAGUGUUGAAGAAAGAAAUAACUUUGUCAACUGUGGGAAUUAUGUCUCUGGCUUCUAUUUUCUUUUGUACCAAUUAUGGAAUUACGUCCUUUGAAACACUUUCUCAAAUCUCAAUUAUUAGCCAGAUGGUCCUGAACUUAUUUCUACUGAUUAUUGUCGUGUGGAUUUAUGGCCGAGAGAGAUUCCAAAGAGAUGUUUGUUUUAUGACAAAUCGAACAUAUUCUACUUGGAUGGUUAAUAUUAUGAGAUAUGUUGCACCAUUUUUUAUAUUUUUAGUUUGGCUUAUAGCAGUUGGAUUUGUAACAUUACAUUUUAGUAAAUUAAAUAGUUGGGCUGUUGUUUUACUCAUCAUCAUUAUUGGACUCUUACCAUGGUUUAUUAUACCGAGUUAUAGCAUUUUUAAAAUUAUACAAACAACUGGAGCUGUGACAUCACGAAUAAGACGUUGUGUUAGACCAACUGAUUGGUAUCCAGUUGAUGCAAAUGAUAGACGAAGAUAUGAAGAACGAUUUAGUGAAACGGAAAUUUCACACAAUCUUACAACAGGAAAUGUUGAGAUGAAAUAAAUUUUUUUAAUAUUCAUUUAUUGGGGAAAAUACAUUUUAAAUAUAAAAUAUUGAAAUUGAUGGUUUUUAUAUGUGAAUAAAA